GUCUUAAUGCCGCUAGCCAUCGAUUUUUGUUACGGAGAAAAAUCUCCGGCCGGCGCUUGUGGGACACAGCGCUCUUUUGCACAGCUUCUUCGGUCCCACUGCUCGACCACAAGCGUGACUUAGCGCAUCGAUCAAGCCUAAGAGCAGCAGAAUCUCCGGAGAGCUCUAUUGGCUGCUGCCGCAUAAAGCGACGCCAGCGAAACGAAAUCACACGCUACCGACGCGAAGCACCUCACAGCAUCCACGCCAUCGAGCAGUGAUGGCGUCGACGACCGCCGCCCCAAAAUCCAAUAGAGACGGCCUCGCCGCCCUCGACGAAGCGUUGCAGGCCGGCGCCGCGACGCUCCAGCGCCUCGAAGAACAGGGCGAGCAGCUCCACCAGACGGAAAUCGUCGCGGAUUCCAAUAAAUACCUGUUGGAUCGAAGCGCGCGAGAGAUCCGAGGCAUGACCUGGGGUGGGUGGCUCCAGAACCAAUUUACGAGCGGGCCGGCCGUGCCGAAGCCGCCCCCAGCACCAUUGAGACCAGAGGUCGCUCCCCAGUCGAGACAUCAACCGCCCAUCCCGUCGGGCGGCACGGUUGAGCAGGACCAAUAUGUUGCCGAUCUAUCGCAGCAACUCGACGACGUGCUGGCUUGCGGCAAGCAACUCAACGCUGUGAUCGACCACCAGAACGCCCAAUCAUCUAGACUGUCCUCCAAGACCGAGUCGCUCUGGGAGUCUACUCGUAGGACUACUAGAGCAGCAGGUCGCGUCGCGGCGGCUGGACUUUUCGGUGCGUCCGAUGAACCCAAAUUACUAGGCCAUGUCGCGCUACAGUGUCCAGUGACAAAGCGCUAUCUACGAAGCAGAGGAACCGACGUGGGCCUGUCCCCGGACUUGGAACUGAGGGCCACAUGUCGGUGGGCCCUCUACGAAGUGAGACCUCAUGUGCUGUCGCUGAUGAACAGCGUGUCGGACAAAUACAUCGGCAUGACCUUCGGCGGGGGCAUAGCGUGCAAUUCUAGCUCGUUCGGCUCGUGGCAGCAACUGGACAUGGACCUGCGGCAGCGGAAAGGCGACGUCGUCGAGACGCCCAUCUCCUUACUCGCGGCGGACUGGGGCGGGGGCUGCUACGUCGAGUGCGAUAGAGAUGGGCUGUUGCGGCUGGGCGAGCAGGUCGGGAACCCGGAGGCGCGCGAUCGCGCGCGGCGGUGGCGCGUCGAGUUUCUAGAUGAUGCGUACGAAGUUCCGACGUUCGCCGACCAGGUGCUCACACUCAAACCCGACGCGCUGGAGCGCGUGCGCGGCGCGGUGCCCGCGGUGCUCGAGGAGGCCGCGGCGACGGCGUACGGGGCGGCGGCGCGGGCGCCGGCUUGGGAGGAAUGACUAAUGU